AUGUCCUUCAAAGGGAAUAAACGAAAGGCAGCCGAAGAAUCUAGAAAUUCUGCAAGUGAUUUACAAAAACCUAAAGGCCCUGAAAAUGAUAAAGAAGAACUGAUAAAAAUUUGGCUUCGAGAUAAAUAUAUUCAAUAUGUCAAUACAUUAUGUGGUUUACUUGGACAUGAAGAGCCAGGUUUACAGAUUCCAUCAUUAAAUAUUUUAUUGGACCUACUUAAAAUUGAGUCAAUGUAUCAUUCUUCAUCAUCUGGUACACAUCAAUUUUCCAAUAAUCAUUUUUAUCAUGUCGUUGAAGGGCUCAUUGAUAAUGAAAAUUUCAGUGAACCGUUAAAAAAUGAAUUCGUUGAAAAAUAUUGGAAUAUUUAUGAUGAUUUAAGGUUUUACUUUUUAAAAAAUGCCUCGAAAAUCAUUAAUUUCGUCUUAGACAGUGGUAAACCAAAAGAUAAAUCCGGUCCUGUUUCUAAGAAAAAAAGAUUAGAUGGAAGGUCUGACGAUAAUAAAUUAAAUAAUUUAAUGGAAAACACUUUUUCAAUACUUGAAAAUUUACGAACCAUGCCAACUAAUGCAUCGGAAAUUGAUGAGUUUUGGAUAGGACAUCCUGCACCUCAUAGUAAUUUGUCAGAAGCAUUGGAGAAUAAGCAAGAAAACGAUGAUCAUGAAGAUGAUUUUGAUCAUAUGUCUUUUGAUGAUUUUGGGUUUGAUGAAGAUUUUGAAAACCAGCAGACAAAAGAAGACAAGGUAUCUCAAGAAGAUAUUUCCGACAAGAAAACUAAAAAAUCUAUAUUGCUCCGAUUAUCAGAACAUAGACGAGCGUUUUCUGAUUGCUGGUUAGCAUUAAUGAAACUUCCAAUGACACAAGAAUCAUACAGGAAAAUCCUUUUAAUCAUGCAUAGAAAGAUAAUUCCUCAUAUGACUCAGCCUACUUUAUUAAUGGAUUACUUAACCGAAUCAUAUAAUGCUGGUGGCGUUAUUAGCAUUUUGGCACUUAAUGGUCUGUUUACUCUUAUAAGCGAACAUAAUCUGGAUUACCCAGACUUUUAUAAGAAAUUGUAUAAUUUAUUCGAUCGUAAUUUGAUGCAUGUAAAAUAUCGUUCAAGGUUUUUCCGUCUGGCUGACCUUUUUCUUGCAUCUACUCAUCUUCCUGUCCAAUUAGUUGCGGCAUUCAUAAAAAGAAUGUCCCGACUUUCAUUGACAUCUCCACCACAUGGCAUUGUAAUUUUGAUACCUUUGAUUUAUAAUUUAAUUAGACGGCAUCCAAGUUGUAUGGUUUUAAUACAUCGUUCGAGUGAACAAACCUAUAAAUUAGGAACAAAUAGUUCAGAUAUUAAUGCUUCAGAUUAUUCGGAUCCCUACAACUUUGAUGAGCCCGAUCCUAUGAAGAGUAAUGCGAUUGAAAGUUCUUUGUGGGAGUUGAAAACCUUACAAAACCAUUAUUUCCCUAAUGUUGCGACUUUAGCAAAGAUUUUUCAAGACAAAUUUACAAAACCUUCUUACAACUUGGAAGAUUUCUUAGAUCAUACGUACUCAACGUUGAUUGAAACAGAAACAAAUCGUAAAUAUAAAAAGAACAAGACUCCUGCACUUGCAUAUGAAAGACCGAGUUAUAUCUUUCCAACGGAAGAAAGCAUUGAAUUGUUUGAUCAUAAAGAUAAAUCAAAAGAGUUGGAAAGUGAUGAGAGGGAAUUAAUAUUAGAAAAUAUGAAGAAAGGGUGGGAGAUAUGGGAAUUCUGA